AUGAGCUUGGAGGAGGACUUGGCGAAGAAGAAGGCUAUUGCUUGGGGUUUACUCCACUCUAAAGUCCCAGAGCUCACUCCUUUGCCCUUCUUCACGGAGAAAUUCGCGUGGGCCACAAAUUUACGUAGAAAAGAUCAGAGAUCAAUGGACAUGGAGUGGUUGUGCUGGUUUGCAUUUCUGUCGAUGAUUAUCGGCAUGACCUGCAGCCAUGCAGGCAACGUGACAUACGAUGGAAGGGCUUUGAUCAUCGAUGGACAACACAGGAUCCUCUUCUCUGGCUCAAUCCACUAUACUCGUAGCACUCCUGAGAUGUGGCCAUCUUUAAUAGCCAAGGCCAAAGAAGGGGGGCUAGACGUCAUUGACACCUACGUUUUUUGGAACCUUCAUGAGCCCCAUUUUGGACAGUUUGAUUUCAGUGGAAGGCUUGACAUAUUAAGGUUCAUCAAGGAAGUCCAAGCACAGGGACUAUAUGUGUGCCUUAGGAUUGGACCUUUCAUUCAGGCUGAAUGGAAUUAUGGGGGUCUGCCAAUUUGGUUGCGUGAUGUCCCUGGCAUCGUUUUUCGAUCUGAUAAUGAACCAUUCAAGUAUCACAUGGCGAAUUUUGUAACGAAGAUAGUAAACAUGCUGAAACUGGAAAGCUUAUAUGCUUCUCAAGGAGGGCCAAUUAUUCUCUCACAGAUUGAAAAUGAGUAUGGAAGGAUAGAAAGAACUUUUCAUGAGGAAGGUCUGCGUUAUGUUCGUUGGGCUGCAAACAUGACUGUGGAGCUUCAAACUGGUGUGCCUUGGGUGAUGUGUCAGCAAAACGAUGCUCCUGAUCCAGUGAUCAAUGCAUGCAAUGGGUUGAGAUGUGGAGAAACAUUUGCAGGCCCCAACUCGCCAAAUAAGCCAGCAAUAUGGACAGAGAAUUGGACAAGCUUUUAUCAAGUAUAUGGAGGCGAACCAUACAUGAGAUCAGCAGAAGACCUAGCAUUUCAUGUUGCACUGUUCAUUGCAAAGUCAGGAAGCUUUGUUAAUUACUAUAUGUAUCAUGGAGGAACCAAUUUUGGAAGAACGGCUGCUGCAUAUAUGCUGACGAGUUAUUAUGAUCAAGCCCCCCUGGAUGAGUAUGGUUUUAUCAGCCAACCAAAGUGGGGUCAUCUCAAGGAAUUACAUGCUGCUAUAAAGUUGUGCUUAAAGCCUCUACUUUCAGGAGUAAAUUCUACUUUCCCUUUGGGCCAACUACAAGAAGCCUAUGUUUUUAAGGGAAAAUCAGAAGAAUGUGCUGCCUUUCUUGUAAACAAUGACAAGAGAAGCAAUGCUACAGUUAUUUUUGAGAAUUCUUCAUAUGAAUUGCCUCCAGUUUCAAUUAGCAUCCUACCAGACUGCAAAAUCGAAGCCUUCAACACUGCAAAGAUAAGCACAGAAUAUGGGACAAGAUCAAUAAAAUCGGGCCGAAAGUUUGAUUCACCUGAUAUAUGGGAAGAAUAUAAGGAAGCCAUCCCCAACUUUGACGACACUUCAUUGACAACAAACAUAUUACUGGAGCAGAUGAGUACAACUAAAGAUACAUCUGAUUAUCUUUGGUACACUUUCAGGUUUCAGCAUGAUUCUGGUUACAAUGGAGCUGUACUCAAUGUGAACUCCCUUGGACAUGUUUUGCAUGGUUUCAUAAAUGGAAAAUUUGUAGGAUCUGAGCAUGGAAAACACGACAAUAAAAACUUCUCCCUAAAGAAAAAUGUUUCUUUAAAUAAUGGGACAAACAAUGUCUCUUUGCUCAGCGUAAUGGUUGGAUUACCGGAUUCGGGAGCAUAUCUUGAGAGUAGAUUUACUGGAUUACGUAGAGUGAGCAUUCAAGACAAAGAUGAUUUCAAUGAUUUCACCAACUAUUCAUGGGGAUAUCAGGUUGGCUUGUUGGGAGAGAAAUUACAAAUUUACAAGGAACCUGGUGCAAGGAAUGUUCAAUGGAGUAGGUUUGGGAACUCUAUUCAUCAACCACUUACAUGGUAUAAGACUCUAUUUGAUGCACCUGCAGGAGAAGAACCUGUUGCUUUAAAUCUUGGUUCCAUGGGAAAGGGAGAAGCUUGGGUUAAUGGACAAAGUAUUGGGCGAUAUUGGGUCUCAUUUCUUACCUCUAAAGGGAGUCCUUCACAAACAUGGUACAAUGUACCUCGGAACUUCCUCAAGCCUAAAGGAAACCUAUUAGUUCUAUUUGAAGAAGAAGAAAAGGGAAACCCACUUGAUGUUUCAAUAGACACUGUUUCAAUAGUUAAAGUAUGUGGAAAUGUGGCUACUUCACAUCCACCCCCAGUGAUUUCAUGGGUGGUGGAACAAAGCAAAACUAUAACAAAACAUGACAGAAGGCCAGAACUACAGCUUCGCUGUCCUCCAGAAAGCAGCAUUUCCAGGAUCUUAUUUGCAACUUUUGGAACCCCUUCUGGUGACUGUGAAAGCUACACAAUAGGAAGUUGUCACUCUUCUAAUUCAAGUGCUGUUGUAGAAAAGGCCUGUAUUGGGAGGAGGACAUGUACCAUCCCCGUGUCAAGCACAACUUUUGGUGGUGAUCCUUGUCCAGGUGUCCAUAAAGCUCUCCUGGUUGAUGCAGAAUGUGCAUGA